UAGCUAAUUCUCGUUUUACUGGUGGCCCGCAACAAACUCUAAUUUAAAGAGGAGAUUGUAUUUCGGGUGAAUUUUAUAAGCGUGUGCUUAUAUACGAAUGGGUGGUGAAGUAACGUGUAAUAAAGUGGAAGAGGAGGAAAAGGUGAGAAACGAGGAGCAGGUGGAGGUGGAGGUGGAGGAGAAAGUGGUAGUACAGAGGAAAUAUACGGCGGUGGUCGAAGGAGGGUUUCCACCGCCGACGAAGGUCGUGGUGGUGGGAUAUGCUCUUACAUCUAAGAAAACUAAAAGCUUUUUGCAACCGAAGCUUGAAGGUUUGGCUAGGAGUAAGGGAAUUCAGUUCGUUUCUAUUGACCCAAAUAAAUGCCUUUCAGAUCAAGGACCCUUCGAUAUCGUGUUGCAUAAGUUAUCAGGAAAGGAAUGGCGACAUAUACUUGAGGAUUAUAGGAAAAACCAUCCUGAAGUCACAGUUCUUGAUCCUCCAGACGCCAUACAGCACCUGCAUAAUCGCCAGUCUAUGCUUCAGGAUGUUGCUGACCUGAACCUGUCAAAUGCCUAUGCUUUGUGUUCAUCUCGUGUAGGAAAAGUAGGUGUCCCAAAACAACUGAUAUUCAAGAAAGAUCCAUCAACAAUUCCUGAGGCAGUCAACAAGGCUGGGCUGAGGUUACCCAUUGUGGCAAAGCCCUUGUUUGCAAAGUCACAUGAGUUAUCUCUAGCAUAUGAUGAAUUCUCUCUUCAGAAUUUGGAACCUCCACUUGUCUUGCAGGAAUUUAUAAAUCAUGGAGGUGUUCUAUUCAAGGUUUAUAUUGUCGGGGAAGCAAUUAAGGUGGUAAGGCGUUUCUCCUUACCUGAUGUCAUUAAGUGCGAGCUCACUAAGAAUGCUGGUGUAUACCACUUUCCAAGAGUAUCUUGCGCCGCUGCUUCAGCCGAUGAAGCAGACUUAGAUCCAUGUGUUGGCGAGCUCCCACCACGACCAUUACUUGAAAAACUGGCAAAGGAACUACGUCGACGACUGGGUCUUCGGCUGUUCAACCUAGAUAUAAUUCGAGAGCAUGGAACUCGAGACCGUUAUUAUGUCAUAGAUAUCAACUAUUUUCCUGGAUAUGGUAAAAUGCCAGAAUAUGAGCACAUAUUUACAGAUUUUCUUUUGAGUCUGGUACAAAGAAAAUAGAGGGGGAAACCUUGUUGAGAGAAAUGUGUGCACGUAUCACUAAAUUUGGAAUAUUAUUCAGCCAUGGAUGUGCAGGACGAAUUGAACUGCAACUCCUGCGACUCAAUUCCAUGUGUGGUGGUAAUGUGGUGAACAAUACCAAAGCAUCAGUUUCUAUUUUGCCGUCAAUUGGCAUACUUGAGGGGCCACCAUCUUUGAAGCAGUUCUGUUCAUAAUUUUGGGUCGUGGCGCUUCAUUUCAUAAUUCCUUUCUUUUCUUCUAACUUCAUGCUUUUAUAUGCUCCAUACACAGAAUUGUUUGGCUCAGCUUGGCUGAAUCCGUUCAACUUGGAGCCCAUGUAAAUUUUUGUUAGCUGAACGUGUACAUUCUAUUGUGAUUCGAAUUUGUUGACACUUCUUUAGUUCUUUACACAAAUCCAACUUUUUCGUGUUCUGU